UGACGCGACAGUCAUUUUUUUUCCGAGCCAUCCGAGCACGACACGUGCGUAACCGCCCGCGUGCGACGUAACUUUUCUACUUCACUUUUAUUAUCAUUUAAAUAAAUGACAUUUUUGACUCUUUCGAAGAAAUAAAAAAUAUCAUUUUCAAUCGAAACAAAUACUCUAGCAAACAUGAAACUGUGCAGCGUGUGUAGCAAGGAAAAUUCAAACUACAAAUGUCCAACCUGCAAACGGCCUUAUUGCUCCUUCGUUUGCUGUAAAGCCCACAAAGAAAAGAAUUGCGAGCCUUUCGAAACCGAGUUAAAAGAAAACAACCCGAAGGAGAAGAAAUAUGAUUUCCCAACAGAGGAUACCGUGGCCUUAGAAAAAUUGCGACUUCUCCGUGACGGAAAAGAGGUUAAGAAAUGCCUGAGUAAUCCGCACGUUCGUGACAUUGUCAAAGCCAUUUUGAUUGAUGAGGAUCCGACAAAAGCUAUCGCUGCUGCAAUGACCGAACCAAUUUUUGUCGAGUUGGCUGAUGCUUGCCUGAAAAUCAUCGAACCUUCGCCUGAGGAAAGAUGAGCAGGCAUUUCUUAUUUCUUACAAGAGACAUUUUCAAGAAUUUUGCCAACUUUGAAACAGAGUUUUUCUAUUUAUUUAACA